AUGCCGGGAGCGCGCAGUGGCGGCACCGGCGGCGACAGCAGUCACAGCGGAGACUACAGCGGGGACGCGAGCGGGGCGGUGACCGUGUGGGAGGUGGUCUCACUCUAGGGGAAGCUGCUGGGCACCGUCGCCGCGCUGAAGGUGGUUCUGUACCUGCUCCGGGUGUGCUUAGCGAUGGCCUGGAAAUCCGGCGGCGCCAGCCACUCGGAGCUAAUCCACAAUCUCCGCAAAAAUGGAAUCAUCAAAACAGAUAAAGUAUUUGAAGUAAUGCUGGCCACAGACCGUUCCCACUAUGCAAAAUGUAAUCCUUAUAUGGAUUCUCCACAAUCAAUAGGUUUCCAAGCAACAAUCAGUGCUCCACACAUGCAUGCAUACGCACUAGAACUUCUAUUUGAUCAAUUGCAUGAAGGAGCUAAAGCUCUCGACGUAGGAUCUGGAAGUGGAAUCCUUACUGCAUGUUUUGCACGUAUGGUUGGCUCUAGUGGAAAAGUUAUAGGAAUUGACCAUAUUAAAGAGCUAGUAGAUGACUCAAUAAAUAAUGUCAAAAAGGACGAUCCAGUGCUUUUGUCUUCAGGAAGAGUGCAACUGGUUGUGGGGGAUGGAAGAAUGGGAUAUGCCGAAGAAGCCCCUUAUGAUGCUAUUCACGUAGGAGCUGCAGCCCCAGUUGUGCCCCAGGCACUGAUAGACCAGUUAAAGCCUGGUGGGAGAUUGAUAUUGCCAGUUGGUCCCGCAGGUGGAAACCAGAUGUUGGAGCAGUAUGACAAGCUACAGGAUGGCAGUGUCAAGAUGAAACCCCUGAUGGGAGUGAUAUACGUGCCUUUAACAGAUAAAGAGAAGCAGUGGUCCAGGGAUGAACUGUAAAAGCACCAUCAGCUUGACCCGUAUAUAAUAUUACAGUGGAUUGCUCAUCUCAGUCCUCAAAGCUUUUUGAAAACCAACAGCAUCACAGCUUGUUUUGGACUUUGUUACACUAUUAUUUUCAGCAUGAAAAUGUGUGGUUUUGUAGGGUUUCUAGUUCUUCAAAGAGGCACAGAAGCUGAAUUGGUGAAAGAACGAUGCAAAGUAUAAAUUUGUGUAUUAUUCCUUUAACACGCCCACAUUUUACUUUAAAAUAUUAAAAGACGGGGUUCCACAAAAUGGAAGACUUAGUUUGUGAAUUGAUUUCGAGGAGUGGUUUUUCCUAGACACUUAAUUCUGUUUCAAUAUUAAUUUAUCAGAUUGCUCUUGUGCAUCAGAUAACGCCAUUCACAAGUUAAGAUUCUUGGUUUUUGGAUGUCUGUUAGAUGCCACUAAGAAAAUAGAGAUGAGCUUCCUUUUUAAAGCUUUUGAUGUGGUGUCCUAGAGUAGCAUGUUGUAGGUACAAUCAGCUGCUUUGUUACCUUAAAACUAAGCAUUUGUAAAUAUUAAAACUUAAGAAGAUGGCAGGUGAUGUCCUUCACAACACUUAGCUGUUCAGAUUGGACAUAACUGAUAUAGUUAUUCCUUUCCCUCUUUAAAAUUAUAGGAGACUUGUAGCUCAGUAUUGUUUUUUCUGUUUCUAAUUUGCUGCUGAUAAUGUAUAUGAAUUUACCGUGCUGUGUAAGCUGGGUCCUAGUCACUGAACAGUUUAUGCAGUGCUGCUUUGCCAAAUAAAGUUAAAAGUAAAAGAGGCA